ACAGUGGAAGUUACAACAGUAGAAGAUACAACAGUAGAAGUUACAACAGUAGAAGGUACACCAGUAGAAGAUACAACAGUAGAAGAUACAACAGUGGAAGAUACAACAGUAGAAGUUCCUGCAUUUCAACCCACGUGUGUAAAGAUGUCAGAGGAAAUCUAUGAAAACUGCGAUGGAUUUAGUGGCAAAAAAAAUUAUAAAAUAAAUAAAAUAGAGACCAUGGACAUUAAUGAUCAAAUAUACAACAACGAAAGACCCAUCAUGCCCCGCAAGAAGGAUGGAGUUGGUGAUCAACAUUCAGUGUCUUGUCAGUGGUGGAAGAGAUACUCUGGAGCUGCUGCAGGAUGUCUGGGGCUGCUGUGUGUUCUCCUACUGGCUGGGAUCAUAGGCCUGUUUCUCUACCAGAAAAACCAAUUGACCAGUUCCAACACCCUGACUGAAGAGAGAGACCAGUUACAGACCUGCGGAAACAACCUUACUGAAGAGAGAGACCAGCUACAGACUAGCAACAACACCCCGAACGAAGAGAGAGACCAGCUACAGACUAGCGACAACACGCUGACCAAAGAGAGAAACCAGUUACAGACCAGAUACAACACCCUGACCAAAGAGAGAGACCAGCUACAGACCAGAUACAACACCCUGACCAAAGAGAGAGACCAGCUACAGAAAGAGACAGAACGUCUGAAACAAUCUUUAGUUGAGAAAGUGUGUCCGGACGGAUGGAAGAAGAUUGGUAGCAGUUGUUAUUACGUCUCUACUGAGUACAAAUCCUGGGAGGAGAGCAGACAGGACUGCAGAAAUAGAGGAGCAGACCUGGUGGUCAUCAACAGCCAAGAGAAACAGACAUUUGUCAAUUGGUUAUGUGGAGUAAAGAACUAUGUCUGGAUUGGUCUGACUGACUCUGUUUCUGAGGGGACCUGGAAAUGGGUGGACUACACACCACUGACCACAAAGUAUUGGAACAGUAAAGAGCCUAAUGGUGGAAGAGCAGAGAACUGUGUGUACUUCUACUCCUGGUCAUCAGACACAGGAGCUUGGUGGGACUAUGACUGUUCCUAUCAAUACAGAUGGAUCUGUGAGAAAUAGGAUUCAUCCUCGGUACUCUCUGAACUGCUAAAUAAGAUUAUGCUAAGUACUAUAUAUCGUAAUAUAUUUUCUACUUAUUCAAUUUACCUUGUCAACUACAUACAAUAUAUAACAAGACACAUGUAGAAUACAUUAUAA